AUUAGAUAUGAAAAGGAGCGGAGGUGCAAGCUGCUAAAGCAUCUACGAGGUGAAGAUACAUGGAUGCUUGCUGAUGUGAAUGAACAAGUGGAACAACUAGAAAAGAAACAUUCUGUUCAGAAAAAAAAGAAAAAGGAUAAGCAUUCAAAAAAAGCUAAGAAAGAAAAGAAGAAAAAUAAGAAACAAAAAUCUGAAAAGGAGGAUGACUUACGUGAUAGUUCUUCAGAUUCUUCAGUUGAAUGGGUUGAGUCAAAUGUGUCACAGCCAGAUAACAUAGAAGAGGCUUGGAAGGCCAACAAGCAAUCAGAUGCUGUGAAAGAACCCUCCCUGCAGAGAGAAGAAUGGAUGAAUUUAGACUUCAUGUCAUUGAAAACCACAUCACUAGCAUCUGUCAGAGGUGAAAGACACAAAGAAAAAAUACUGGAACGACAGAAAGCUCAAGAACUUGAGCAGGCCAUGCUGUCUGAGAGAGAACUGAAUCCCUAUUGGAAAGACGGUGGUACAGGUUUGCCGCUGGAGAAGGAUGAAGCAGCUUUAGUUAAGAAAGUUACAGUGGUAGAAGAUGCUGGAUUAAGUUGGUUACAAAAAUCAUACCAAAGGAUGAAGGAGCAGGCUGAGAGAGAGAAACGAAAUUUUGAGGAAAUUGUAGCUGAGAGAUAUGGGUCAAUGGAACUAUUUCAGUCACGAUUAGAAGCAGCUGAAAAAGUUGCAUCCAGAAAAGAAAAUUAUUGUAGAGGUGGAAGAUGGAAGAAAAAUGACUAUUCAGAAAGUGAGAAAGAGAAGAGAGAACAGCAUAUGAAAAAAGAGACGCGAGAUGAAGAGGAUAGAAACAGGAGCACGUUUGAGGGCUAUACUAAGGAAAAGUAUGGCAAGGGGUGGCCGCAAGAAGACAAAGGUUACAAAAGAGUUAUGUCAAGAGAAGACCAAGAAUGUGGACACAGUAGCACGGAGUCAGAAUUGAGAGGCUACAGCUCCAAAGCAGAAAAACACUCCAAUGAAAAACAAAGUCAGGAGAAGCGUUCAUCUCUAAGCAACAUGAAACGCAAAUUUCUGAAACCUUCUGAGGAUGAUUUAUCAUCUUACAGUGCACCUGGAGACUACAAAUCACAGCAGUGUUCUUCCAAACUGCUGGUUCAUAGCUCUUUGAGCAGCCGCUUCCAAAAACCUAGUGAGGAUGCUGCACUGUGGACCAAAACACACUCAGAAGAUAACAAUGAGAAAUUAAUGUCUGAUCAAAAAUCCUCAGGUAAUCGGGAACAAACUGAUACCAAUAGUUGGGAAAGAACUCCAAGUGACGAAAAAGAGAAGUCACGACAGAAGUACUCAAGCGAUGUCCCUGAGAAGAAACAAACAUUAUCUGACAGUAAAACAUCAUGUUCUAGACAUACAUCAAAGGAUGAGCCACCUCGGGUCCUUAGUGAAGAGGAGAUGAACAGACUGGGAGCAAGGAUUGUGAAAGCAGAACUCAUGGGAGACAUGGAGUUAGCUUCAGAACUUCAAGCAGAACUUGAGAAUGCACGCAAAUUGAGGGAGACUCAAGGCCAGAUUCCAGGAAAGUCUGGCAGAGAGGCUUCAAGCCACCAAGAAGAUGAAGAAGUGGUCCUUGUCCGAACAGAUCGAAGUGGAAGGGCAUGGCCUGUGACCGCACCAGCUGAACCACAGGAGCCAAAAGGAGGACGGAGAAAGCGACAGAUGGUCCCUACUCAUAUAGAUAAAGAGAGAGUAAGGUAUUUUCAGGAUGAUGAUAGUAUGAACCUGAAGGAUUUGGUCAAAAAUGAGAAGAUGAGAACAGCAGAGGAUCAAAACUCACUGUUCAUGCGUAUGGCAUCAAAG